CAAUGGAGAUUCUCCCAGCUCGCGAGAGCGCCGCCUUCUCCCACGGCUUCGGGGACCCAGCAACAGCUAUGGAUCCGGUGUCUGGCUCCCGCAGCCCCGAGUGGGAGGUCUCGGGCUCCGGGGGGAAGCGUCGCAGUUCGUCGAAGAGCCCUAAGCCCAGCAAAACCUCUCGCUCCCCGCGGGGCCGCCGCUCUCGCUCGCACUCUUGCUCUCGGUCCGGGGACCGGAAUGGCCUUAGCCAUCAACUGAGUGGCCCCAGCCAAGGCUCCCAAAACCAGUCCUACCGCUCCCGCUCGCGGUCACGCUCUCGAGAGCGGCCCUCCGCGCCGCGGGGCGCCCCUUUCGCUUCUGCCUCCUCGUCCGCCUAUUAUGGCGGCUACUCACGCCCCUGCGGGAGCAACAAGCCGUGGCCUAGCCUCCUGGACAAGGAGAGGGAAGAGAGCCUGCGGCAGAAGAGAUUAAGUGAGAGAGAGAGGAUUGGAGAAUUAGGAGCUCCUGAAGUAUGGGGACUUUCUCCAAAGAAUCCAGAACCAGACUCUGAUGAACAUACACCAGUAGAGGACGAAGAGCCAAAGAAAAGCACCACUUCAGCUUCUACUUCAGAAGAAGAAAAGAAGAAGUCUAGUCAUUUAAAAGAAAGGUCCAAGAAAAGGAGGAAGAAAAAGUCAUCUAAAAGAAAACACAAUUAUUCUAAUGAUAGUGACAGUGACUCUGAUUCUGAAACAGACUCCAGUGAUGAAGAUACAAAAAGGAGAGCAAAGAAAGCCAAGAAAAAGGAAAAGAAGAAACGCAUAUCGAAGAAAUAUAAGAAAAAUAAGUCUAAGAAGAGCAGAAAAGAUUCCAGUGAUUCAUGUUCUAAAGAGUCCCAAGAAGAGUUUCUGGAGAAUCCCUGGAAGGAUCGAUCAAAGCCUGAAGAACCCUCAGAUUUGAUUGGUCCAGAGGCUCCCAAAACACUUGCCUCUCAAGAUGAUAAACCUUUGAACUAUGGCCAUGCUCUGUUACCUGGUGAAGGUGCAGCUAUGGCUGAAUAUGUAAAAGCUGGAAAACGUAUCCCACGAAGAGGUGAAAUUGGCUUGACAAGUGAGGAAAUUGCAUCAUUUGAAUGCUCGGGUUACGUAAUGAGUGGUAGCAGGCAUCGCCGAAUGGAGGCUGUGCGACUGCGAAAAGAGAACCAGAUCUAUAGUGCUGAUGAGAAGAGAGCCCUUGCAUCCUUUAACCAAGAAGAGAGACGAAAGAGAGAAAACAAAAUUCUGGCCAGUUUUCGAGAGAUGGUAUACAGAAAAACUAAAGGGAAAGAGGACAAAUAAGGAUUUUCUGAUUGCUCAUCAGACAUUUUUAACAACAAAAAAGAAAGUUUGGGUUCCAUAUAUACACACAAAAAGAUUACCAUGAUCUGAAAAAGCUUUACAGUGCUACUGUGCCUUCUAUUUAAUUCUUUCAGUCCUUCUAUAAAAAGCUGCUUAUUGAUGCCUCCACCCCAAAACCAACAAACAAACCAAAAAGCAAACUAACCCACAGACUUGUUGAAUUGAAAAUGUGAACAUUAGUUUUAAAAUUCUUAAUAGGCUUAUUAAAAAUGGUUAUUUCAAAUAUAAAAUAUUGGGAAGUCUCCUGUUGUGCCAAUGUAAGUACAUUAUUUCUAUCUGAGCUGUGUUUAGAUCAUUAUUUGAAUACUAGAAAUGGAUGGGAGUCAACAAUGAUCAGGAGUUUAAUAAGGAAAAAUAUAAUGAGUCAUUGUUUUCAUUGUUUUAACUUGGUUGCUUCAUAAGGAUGAAGCUAAAAUGAUGUUAAAUGUUUUUAAAGUCUGUCCUUUGUAAUAAGCAGAUUUCAUUUUAAGCAUUGUUAAACUUUUCAGUUUAUUUUUUACAUCUGUCAUUCAGUUUAAUCUGUAACUUCAUAUAGAACCCCUCACUUUCUCACUUUUUUAUGGCUACUGUUGGCUUUUAAGUUUGGGGGAAAUGGAAAAUUCUGGGACUGUGAGAUCGUGAUCUUUUUCCUUCCCUCCUUUUGUUGAAGUUUAGUUGUUAGGACAUACGAGUGAAGGGGGAGGGGAUAGUAGAAGUUUUGGCUGUUUUUGUUAAGGUUGUUUUGAGCUGCAUUAUUAUGUGCCUAGGAUAAAUUUAAAUUAUCUGAGUGAUGGGGAAUUUCUGACUUUGCUGUUAUAA